UCUUGCAAACAGGAACAGAGCUAGGUGGUUAAAUGUUAUACACCGAAGCUUUCCAAUACAGUAGUUUGUCAAUCUUGGCCUGUAAUUUUUUCUGGUUCAGUCUAGCUAAGAGAUAGAUCAGGCAGAGCAGGAUUUGAAUAAUAUGGACGAUAACAUGGAUGAUAUCUUUUACAAUGUUGAUGAUCUCCUGAACUUUAGCGAUGAGGAACUCAGAGAUGUCUUUGAGGGAAACAAUGCUGGUGACAUGCCUAUUCCUUUAGAAGUGGGAUCUCUUUUCUCUGUAGACUGUUUCUAUGACAAUGAUUGGAUGAAAGACUUCCCAGGAGGAGAACUAAAACAGAUAACUACUGCUGAUUUCAAACAUAAAAUGGAGAAAGAACAAGGCCCAGAAAAUACUUCUGAAAAUACCACAAGUUCUGAUCUCAGUUCAGAAACAGAUAACAGGUCCUGCACUGGGAAAAGAUCUAUUCUCUGUUCAAGAAUGACAAUACCAGGAAAGCCAAGAAGCAAAAGAUCAAGACUGCCACUUUCUAAGUGGGCUUCUAAACCCAUUUCUCCCAUUGCUUCUUCUGUCAGUGAGUCUUCUACACCCAUUUCUUCUAAAGCUGCAGCCUGGAGCCAAUCAGAUUACUUUGCUUCUGAGCAAGUUGAAUGCCAGUCCUCACUGAAAUCCACUACAGGAAAACAUGGGAAGAAAAAGGAGAAAAAGGGGAUCAAAAAAUGCACACAUUGUGGUGUGAAUAAAACUCCACAAUGGAGAUGUGGGCCUCUGGGUCCUAAAACAUUAUGUAAUGCCUGUGGUGUGAGAUAUAAGUCAGGUGGGCUUUUACCAGAAUACAGACCUGCUGCAAGCCCUACCUUUUCACCUGAUAAACACUCCAAUUCCAGCAAGGUGGUGUUAGAGAUGAGGCGUCAAAAAUAUUUGAGGGGAGAGUAAAUAUAAUUUGUAAGGGAAUAAACAGUCAAAUUCCUACAAGGUGGUGUUAGAGAUGAGGCGUCAAAUUUUUUUGAUAGGAGAGUAAAUUUAGUUGCAAAAAACAUUCAAUUUUUUACAAAGAGGGGGUGUUAGAGAUGAGGUGUCUUAAGGGAAUCAGUUCUAUUGGAAGGAGGAAGCAAUAAAUAGUAGAAGUUGAAUGGUUCUUAAUGAGUCCACUAGGGAUCAAGUUUAAUGAGGUGGGAUUGUGUCUGGGGGAAUUUGAUCAAAUAGAUACCCCUCAGUUCUUGGGUUUUUAGCAGAAGAUGGGGUUUCACUCCCAUAUCACAUAGCUAAAGCAAUUUUGUGAAUGAAAAAUAAUCCAUCAUUAUUAACUAUGUUUUAUUAUAAAGACUUUUUUAUUUAU